AUGAGACCAGAUCAAGAACUGGGUUUGCUUCUGAUAUCAAUUAUAAUAGGUGGACUGGCUAUUAACCCUGUUGCCAGCACCCCUGCUGCCAACCAGAACGCGUCCCCCCCAGCUACCAUAGCUCCUGCUGCUGCGGGGGGCGGUCGGGACAAAGAACGAGGCAAAAGGCCUCAUCCUGACAGUGAAGUCGAUCCUGAGGAGGAGCCUCUCAUUAGAAGGACCCGGGUCUCCGGGCCGGGUGCUCUCUUGCACCGAGCGAUCAGAGCUCCUGCUCCCUCUGGGCCUGCUGCAGCUGGUGGCUCUGCUUCUGCUUCAGGCCCCCCUUCUAUCCCCACCUUACCGCCAUGGGCCCCUCGGUACACCCGAACGGAUGGGACGUUCGUGAAACCGAACGAGACCAUGCUGAAGGAUGGCCAGACCGCUAUGGCCUACUACAGGAGCAUGUGGACUCCGAAGGACCUUGAGGCGGCAAAGGGCCUUUCCCAGAAGGAUGUGUUCAGCCGCUUUCCCCAAUCUGCUAUGGAGACAUUGUUCGGAAUGAUGGCCAUGCAGAAGCAGGUGGAGAUGGGGAACGCCAGGGCCCGUAAGUUUUCUGACAGCCUGGAGGUGGCUAAUAAAGAAAACGACCUCCUCGCCAUGAAGAAUACCGAGGUACUGGCUCGGCUUGACAAAACCGAGCAAGAGAGAGAUGUCCUGAAGAAGGAGAAUGAUUCCCUUCAGGAUGAGAAGGACGCCCUCCAGCUUGAGAAGAGCGUCUGGCAAACUGAGCGGGAAUCAAUUAGAGAAGAAAAGAAGAGAGAUAUCCCAAGUAGCGGUGACCUCGGAUGUUGUGGCGUUGAUGGGGGAGACGGUGGCGGAGGCGACCGUGAACUCAGGGAGCGAGGGGCGGAGGACGAGACAGACCAUGAAGAAGAUGACUCCAAUUAUGAGGACAACGGUGAGGACAACGGCGAUGAAAUGGUAGUGGAAAGAGUGGCGACCGUGGGUAUGAAAUUGGUGGUGGUAAGCAGCAGUAUAGAAGGUGGAGGGCGAUGGUGCCACUGCGUGGGGGUAUCCGAAGGUAAAGCCCAUGAAGGUGGUGCCGGAAAUUACCCUAUUCGUCCCCACCGACGAAGCGUUCUUGGAUCUUCCAACGACUGUGAAGUUGCCAAGUUUCAAUUUGGAGUUAAACGUGAACCUGAUUCAACCGUUGCCAGGGACUGA